AUGGCAUGUCCUUCUGUGAUUGCCUCUCUGCUGCUGGUGGUUUGCAUCCUCCUGCCUCUUACCUGCGUUGCUCAAGGUAGCUGCAAGGGGCGCUGUGGAGAGCCUUUCUCCCGCGGGCAGCCCUGCAACUGCGACGCCAACUGCCUCACCUACAAGGAAUGCUGCAAGGAUUAUGAGGACAUCUGCACUAUUCGACACUCUUGCAGGGGUCGAUGUAGGGAAACCUUCCGGAGAGGGAGGGAGUGUGAUUGUGAUCCGGACUGCACCCUCUUCAACAACUGCUGCCUUGACUACCUCGGACACUGCGAUUUGGAUCAGAUCUCAGCAGCGGCCAGAAGCGCUCAAAACAACCUCAAGCCGACAGAAUAUGUUGAAGAUCUAGCAGACCCUGUUGUGAGUACCAUCUCUCCUGAUGCUGGCCUCUACUCUCCUCUACUGCCUGCCAACCCUGGAUCUAGCACACCAGGGGCUGAUACCAACUCCCCCAUAUCAGCAGCAGGGCCACCCCACACUGGAGACGCUUCUUCUGGGAAAACCAUCUCCAUUCCCUUAAAGGUUUCCCUCUCCUUCAGCGAGCAUACAGGUGAAGCCCCUGCAUCUGGAACUGGAAGACCCAGCACACUGGCAGACAUAACUCAGGCCCUGGAAGCCGGUGGCCCAGCAGGACUACCUGAGAGUUCCAACCCUGACCUGUGCAAUGGUCUUCCCAUCGAUGGUGUCACCUCCCUGUUUAAUGGCUCCAUCAUUGUGUUUCGAGGUCAUUUCUUCUGGCUGCUGAACCCCCAGACCAGAGUGGCUGGUCCUGCGCGUAAUAUCACAGACGAGCUCGGUGUGCCCUCCCCCAUUGACACAGUCUUCACCCGUUGCAACUGCCAGGCCAAGACCUACAUCAUCAAGAAUGACAAAUACUGGAGUUUUGAGAACGGUGUAAUGGAGCCUGGCUACCCUCGGUCUCUGUCUAAUGACUUUGGAGGGCUCUCUGGAGAAAUCUCCGCAGCUCUGCCUGUGCCUUCCAGCAGGAAGAGACCCGAGGUUAUCUACUUCUUCAAGAAAGGCAGUACAGUGCAAAAAUUAUCCUACCCUGCUCGAAGUAGCCCAAGGUGUAGCGGAAAGACAUCCAGGAAUUCCAUCUACACCAGGAGUCACCAGGCUAGCUCUGAAGGUGCUUCACCAUCUAAAAUCCUUCUGUCUGGAGAAAUCAGCAUUAACCUGAACUGGAAGGGAUUCCCCACCCCAGUGACCUCUGCCCUGUCCAUACCCAACCCUAGGAAGCCCGAUGGGUUCGAAUACUUCAUCAUCUCCUGGCCCAAACUCUUCAGCAUCAAGAUCAGUGGCGAGAACCCAUCUCUGGUGUCUCCCACGAAACUGUCUGGCCAGCAAAUCGAUGUCAGAGGCUGGCUCAACUGCCCCCAGCAGCCCUGAUCCAAGAACACAAGCAC